AUUUAUUAAUUAAAAUAAAAAUAAUGUAAAAAGAAAAGAGAAUCAUUUAUAAAUUAAAUGGAGAUUCAUUUGAAAUUGAUUGUGAGGAGAAUAAAAUUAAACAAAUAAUAAAAAUAUAUUUGGAUGAUGAAAAAGACCAAGAUCUAGAGUAUUCAAAAUUUGGAAAUCCUUAAUCUAAUACUUAUAUUGUUUAUUCUCUUAAUAUGCUAGAAAAACAAAAAAAGGAAAUUGAGAAAAAAAAUCAAGACAAUCGAGACAAAUAAACUCAAAUAAAUAAAUUGGAAGAAAAUUUAAAAAAUUAAAUAGAUUAUGUAUAAGCUUCAAAUUAUUCAGAUUAAUUUAAAAAAAAUUAAGAAACAAUUUAAGCCCAAAUGAAAGUAAUUUCAGAACUAUAAUAAAAAAUUUAAGAUAUAAAUCAUUUGAAUAAAAAUCUUAACGAUGAAAUGAAUAAUGUAAAAAAAGAAAAAGAAGAAAAAGAUUAAAAACUAAAAACAUAAUUGACAUAAAAAUUAUAUUUAGAUGAUGAUUUGUAAACCCUGAAGUAAGAAUUGUAAACUAAAUCUUAAUAAAUAGUAGAAUUACAAACAUAAUCUAAAUAAAAUUAAAUCAAUGUAAUAUAUUAAUAACUAUUGUAAUACUUAUAAUCAAAUACAAGAUACAACAAUCAGCAUAAAUAAGAAAUAAAUAACAACUCAUAAGAUUCAUUUGAUAUUAAUCAUUCUUCUGAAAGUAGUGAUAGUUAGGAUUCUAAGUUUCCAAAGGAAAUAUUUGGUGUUUUAACACAAUACUACAUAGAUCCAUAGAUUAAUAAUUCUAAUUACAAGGAUAUAAUUAAUAAUUUAUAAAAUAAUUAGUAAAAUAGAAAUAAAUUUGAAAGGAAGCAAUAAUUAAAAGAUGAGCCUUUUCAAUCUUUUUAAUACAUAUGUAAAUAAUAAAACCUUAGUAUCAAAGUUAAGUAGGUUAACAAGAAACAAUAAUUAAGUUAAGAUUAAAUAAAAGAGGUUAUAGUUGACAACUUUUACUUAAAAAAUUAGAUGAAAUAAUUAUUUUAAAACUAAUAAAAUUUACAUUUUUAAAGGUUAAACAUAGAUCCUUAAAAUUUAGAAGUUUCAAAAUAAUAUAUUCUAGUAGAUGAUAAUGGAAUAUGUUAUUAUUGCGAAGAAUUUAUUGAUAGUCCUGAUAGUCCAAGUGAAAUAUAUGUUCUGAAUGAAAAUGAAUAUUCGGAAUUAAACAAUAAAUUUUAAAUGGAUUGCAACAAUCAAAUAAAAACUUCUCGUAUUUUUACUUAAUUAUCUUUAAACAACAAUACAAUUUCAAACGUCAUAGGGCAUAAUUUAUUGUUUCCUCAUCCAAUUUUACCUAAUGAAUAAGCGGGCCCUUAUUUCAUAAUGGCAUAUGUCACCCUAUGUAAAGAUAAAUGGAAAAAUAAUGAGAAUUUUGAGAUUUGA